AUGUUUGUAUUUGCCGUUUCCAGGUCCCAGCUCUUGUCUGCGGACAUGCUGGAGGAGUUGAGAUACAAGGCCAAGAUGCAAUACCACCAAGCCCAUGUCCUCGACCUCGCAUCUUGCGAGGUUGAUCUUGAGGACCAUAUCAAUGGCUACAUUGAGGGAUACUGCAAGCAGCAGACCUGCGCUACUACAUCAUCGUCUUCAGUCUCUCUCGCCUCAAACGACACUUCCACGAAGUCCAAGUCUAGGCUGAGACGCCUUCUUCACCGUAUCACCGGGAAGAAGCUCUAG